AUGGAUUGCACCGAGUUCACAUUCGUGAACAACUGCGGCUACACGGUGUGGCCGGGGGUGCUCUCCAGUUCCGGCAGCCCGAAACUGGACUCCACCGGCUUCACCCUCGGCGGCGACUCCCGCGUCCUCCUCGCCCCCACCGGCUGGUCCGGCCGCUUCUGGGCCCGCACCGGCUGCAACUUCGACAGCGCCGGCCGCGGAUCGUGCACCACCGGCGACUGCGGGUCCGGCCAGGUGGAGUGCAACGGCGCCGGUGCCACCCCCCCGGCGACCCUGGCGGAGUUCACCCUCGGCGGCGCCGACGGGAAGGAUUUCUACGACGUGAGCCUGGUGGACGGGUACAACCUGCCGGUAUUGGUGGAGGCCGGCGGUGGGUGCGCCGCCACCGGAUGCGCGGCGGACCUCAACCGCCGGUGCCCGGUGGAGCUGAAGGUCGGCGACGGCGAUGCCGCGGCGUGCCGGAGCGCCUGCGAGGCGUUCGGGAAGCCGGAGUUCUGCUGCAGCGGGGACUACGGAAGCCCCACCACGUGCCAUCCGUCCGUGUAUUCGAAGGUGUUCAAGUCCGCGUGUCCCCGGUCGUACAGCUAUGCGUACGACGACGCCACCAGCACAUUCACCUGCACCGCCGGCGACUACUCCAUUACCUUCUGCCCCGGAUCCGGUCCAAGUUUGGGUUCUUUUAAAUCAUCAUUUUAG